AAACAAAAAAUGCAAGAUGCAGGCAAUCUAAUUGGAAAAAACACCUAAAAUACAAGUUAAACACUAAACAGGACAUAUUACGUGGAUAAACGAAUAUACGCCGUGGUAUUCGUUGCGGUUGAUGUCGGUUGUUCGCUGAUUCCGGGUGUUGACAAGGUUUUUACCUUAACAGCGCUAUGAAGAAGCGGAGUUCACGUUGCAAUUCGGAGGCGUUUAAGGAGCAGCAAAUGGACAGUGACGACAUCAGCCUGCUCCAGCGACCAUUGCGCACGGCCCACACUGGCUUCGAGGAGGCGCGUCGAGCCUACGAGGAUGGAACCAACGAGGUGCGCCAGCUGCUCAGCCUGGAGUGCAGUCUCAUAUACGAGUGCAAAGUGUGCCGAAACAUGUUCCGAAGUCUUGCGAAUUUCAUCAGCCACAAGCGGGUCUUCUGCUGUGUGAGUGCCCGCACAGCCCAGCAGAAUGGAUACACAGACCAGAACUCCACUAUGAUCAUACAAACGGGCAACGGGCCGUCGCCUCAGGAUAUUGAGCAUAUGUUGCGCAGUCGUAGCACUGGCUGCUCGCCAGUUCCCCGCGAGGUUCGUCCCAUUCGUGGCAGUAUACGGGACCUGAGUGGCGUUAUCGAGCGUCUGCGACGGGAGAAGGCGCCCUCAUCCAUGCAAAACACUCCCACGGUGCUGAAGCUGGAGUCGGUGCCGACCUCCAGUCAGGCCGUGUAUCAAACUAUUAAAAUCGACCAGGAUGACAGCAUGCGAACCGAAUUAAACGAAGUACACCAUAUGCUGAAUCCCGCAAACACCGUUGUUGGCCCAGAUGGCAAGGCAAUGACUAAAAUCAAAUUCGAGCGCCGAGGCGGCAGUGACUCGGGCGAAACGGCCGAGCAAUCCAUCAGCGAUGACACGGAAGCGAACAUAUUUUGCGAGACAUGCAACCUAACAUUUCAAACUCACAAAACACUGCACCUGCACAUACAAAAGAAUCAUUCGUCGUCGACGUUUGUGUUUCAGUGUCCAGCCUGCUCGGAAACCUUUCUACAGGCCGCAGCAGUUAUACGGCAUUUGUCCAAAGAACACAAGAAACCAAGGCCACGCAUUCGAAUGAUGCGUAGCACCAUCCUCAAGCGUCGCAUCAAACAAGGAGAUAUUCAGCCCAAAGGGCCCUCACGCGAGUUGAAGCGCCUGCAGAUGUCCGACGAUGUGGUUGGCUAUCCUUCAGAGCCAGUAGAUGCGAAUGGUGAGCAGCGUAAAAUAAUGUCACUGUGCUAUUACUGCGAGAAGUCAUUCGAGCGACGCGCCGCCUUGUCCACUCACCUGCUCAACUGUCGGGCCAAGCAGGAGGCGCUGGCGAAGCCGGCUCCUGGAGCCAAGAAGCUGAAAACAAAUGAAAGUGUGAGCAAUGCCUCCAGUUUUGAUGGAGCUGAUGCAGAGGAUCCACCGGCUGGCGAUGUAGAUCUGUCGAGCCUCGGCCGCACCAUUAAGCAGGAACCUGACGCCGACUCGACUGCUCUGAACGAAAUGUUCGCCGACCUGGCGGAAAAGAAUGAAUCUUUCGUAACUGGGCUGCACACAGUCUCACUGGACAAGCUCCAGCUGCGGCACGAAACUGACUCGGCCAGCGUCGCUUCUAGCAGUACCAACAACAGUGAGGAGUCGCUCGCCCAAGAGUCCAAUCCCGAUGAGAGCAAAACCAAGGUGAAGAAGAAGCGCAGUGUGCCUAUUGAGAAGCAACUGCGUUGCCGCUGCAAGCUGUGCAACAAGGAGUUUAAUGCCCUGGGCAACCUGCGUCGACAUAUUUCAAUGUUCCAUUACCGGAAGUCACGCUUCGGCUGCAAUGUGUGCAACUAUCGCGCCUUUCGUCGCUACGACAUUGUCAACCAUCUGGGUUUCGUGCACAAGAUUGAAGGCGAUCGCGAUCAGCUAACCGAGCAGUACGUGUCGACUCAAGCCUGUGAGUACUCGCGCGAAGAUGUGGAUGCAGACAUAAUUUUGGUGGAUGAGGUGGAGGAAGCGAGACAAAGCCAGCCAAUAAAGGAAUUGGAGAUCAAGCCACCGAUCAAGACAUACGAGAAACGCAUGAAGCGUGCUAAGACGACGGAGCCAGUGGCGGAGGCAAAUGUCAUAUUACCUUCGACUGCGAUAAAAAAGGAACCCGACCUGGAAGUGGCCGAGCCCGUGACAAGCAAGAAGCACCGCAAAUCGCGCAUUCAGUUAUCGCCAGAGUCUGGCGAGCAGAAUACGGAGAAGCGUCCCACACGCAAACGUGUCAAGGCGGUCAACAAAGACUUUGUGUACGAUAUGGUACGUUCGAAGCAAGAAGGCUCCGCCACAUACACAGCACCAGCACCCUUGGCCAUCGAGUCCAUGCGCGCCAAGCUGCGUCGCCAUGUGGGCAACGACGAGAACAAACCCAAGCAAUGGGAGGCCUACAUAACAGAGGCCAAGAAGCCACUGGUUCAAGGUAUCACACGUCGCAUAAUGCUGGAGCUUGUCAGCCAAGGACGCGCCGUGUCUGCCACGCUCCCAGAGCUGCCAUCCGAGCGGCCGCAGAUACGACCGCGUCUUAUUUCUCACACACGCAGCGAAAGCCAGCAGCAGCAGCAGCAGCAGCAGCAGCAGCAGCGGCAGCAGACAGAGCUGACAGGAGAGUUCAGACGAAUCAUACAACAAAAAAUAAUUAAAUUCACACUGAAACGCAUACAGAUACCAGACACAAACACACACACGCCACCCUGCCUCUGCCGCCUCUGUCACCAUAACUUCUACUUCAAGCGAAUCUGUAUCCGUAUCAGUAUCUGUGUCUGCAACUGCACCUGCAUCGCAUAGCAUCACAACGCAUCGAAUCGCAUCGCAUCGCAAUGUGCAACUGCUGGUGACUGUGACUGGGCCUGGCACUGACCAACAAUUCAACUGAUAGACUCGCUGAGUGACAGGAGACCAUCCGUAUCCAUUACAUGCCCAUCCAGUGUCGGUUGCACUCCGUGUUUGCUGUCAGUUCGCCGGACACGGAUGUGGAGGCCCAUUACCAUCAUCAUCAGCAGUCAAAGCAGCCAAAGCAGCCAAAGCAGCCAAAACAGCACGAAAGCAGGCAACAACCGAGUUGCCAAAAAAGCACACAAAUUGGAAAUCUAAUUAGCAAUGUUAAUGUCAGAUCUGUGCUAAUUCAUUAAUUUCGAACGAUCAACCGGAGGCAUUGUCAGGUUAUAUAUAGAAAAAAGGCGUUUCUCCUCGUAUCUUCGAUCCACUACAAAAUCCAACCAACAACAGCAACAAAAACGAAAAAAACGGCAAAAAUUGGAGAGCGAACCCAAAAAAAAAUUGCGACCAAAAGGAAAGCGAAAGCAGCAAACACUUUUGUUUCUGUAUGCCCGUGACUGUCGGUGGCUUUUUAUCUGUAUAUGUGCCUGUGACUCUGUGAGUGCCUGUGUGCCCGUGCCUGUGUGCUAGUGAAUUCUGAUAACGCGCGCCUGGUGCUGACAUCACUUUCGCUACUACGAUUCCAUUGAACCAAUAUCCGACCCCAUCAUCCCCAUUAUCAUACCCCGACCCGAGAAGCUGCCAAUCGAAAGACCACAAAAUCAAUUAAACUACAACAAAGCUGCCAAGAGCCAAUUAUACGGAACGGGGAAACGGAAACGAAAGAGAAACGAAACAGA